AUGGGAGCCGUUUACAUGCCGUUGUCGGACAUGGGUUGCUGGAGCACGAUCAAUAUGCGUCAUAAUCAAAUGUCGCCAUAUGCAGCUCCUGCCAAUGAUGUCUCCACCAAUGUUUACGCCUUAUCUUAUCGGGAAUUGCCAUCGGGAAUUGCCCCUCUUGAAAUGGCAAGACCCCGGACGAAUGAACGGAAGGCGCGACCACAGCGCAACGCAAACAAGGACUCACUCUGGAGCAAGACUCUGUAA